CGUUAUGGCGGGGGCGGGCAUGCUACUGCAGUGGGUGGGCGCGGGGACGUCGCCCGUCGACUGGUGCGAGGACAACUACACCGUCACGCCCCACAUCGCCGAGUUCGUCAACACCGUGAGCAACGUGCUGUUCCUGGUGAUCCCCGGCGCCUGCAUGAGGCUGUGGGACAGCUACGCGCAGCACGUGUCGCGGGGCAUCCAUGUGGUGUGGGUUUUCUUCACGAUCGUGGGCAUCUCGUCGGCCUACUUCCACGCCACACUCUCCCUCCUCGGCCAACUCCUCGACGAGCUCUCCAUUCUGUGGCUGCUCAUGGUAUCCUACGCGCUGUUCACACCAGUGCACUUCCGCCCUCGGUUCCUGCAGGCUAAUCGCAGGAUGUACUACCUGGCCGUUUCGCUGCUGGCCAUCCUCAUCACGGGCUCGGCCUUCGUGCAGCCGGCGAUCAACUGCUACGCGCUCUUCGGCGUUGGGUCGCCGGCCAUCGCCAUGCUGACGGUGCAGGUGCGGCGGGCGAGCGACCCCGCCGUGAAGCGCCUAGGCAUGGUCACGCUGAGUGGCCUCGCCCUCGCCGCCACGGCCUGGGUCGGGGACCACAUCCUCUGCACCGUCCUCAGAGCCAUCGAUCUCGCCGUCCUCCACGGCCUCUGGCACAUCCUCAUCUUCUUCAGCUCGUACAACACGCAGGUCCUCUUCUGCUACUUCCACGCCGUUCAGGAGGUGCCCGAGAAGAAGCCCACGCUAAGGUAUUGGCCGAACCGCUGGUGGGGGCUGCCGUACGUCUACUGCCAGAGCUCCAGGCACGAUAAGACGCCUUGAAUUUGAAACACUCACUCGCUCACUCAUUCACUCACACCUGCAAGACGCACAUGAUUGCAAAACGCUUAUCACGCAUCUAGUCGGUAUUGCAAAGCAGCAGCCACAUCGACAAGAUCCUUUUGGUGCAGUGAGGGAAGCGAAUCAAGCACUGCCCCAGCUCUUUACACUGUCAAUAUCUCCAUGUUGCUGUUUUGACUAGUGUAUUAUACAGCUUGAAUUCCUUUAUUUUUUAUUUUCGUAAAAUGGUGCUAGGUGUAAAAGAAAAUUUUUCUAUUUUUUAAAGAAUUUUCAAUUUGUGAAUUAGAUGUCUUUAUCUGCUAUAGUGUAUCUCUCUGCAUCUGUCAUUUUCUUUAUCCUUUCUAUAUUGCCCUUUCCAUCUCUCUCUCUCUCCUGACCUCUGUCUUCUCCUGUCCUGCCCUGUCGUCUCUCCCCUCCCUCACUUCUCCCUCCUUUCCUUCCUUCCUUGCCAUCAUACCAUACAUAUUUAGAAGUGAUUUCUUACAUAUUUAUGAAGUCAUUCCACUCAUUAUUGUCUUAUUUAGUCCUGUGGCAUUCCACACUACCUAAAUAUUGUUCAGUGAUCCUACUGACAUGGUUCACUAAACUUAAUGAUAUCCUCACAUGUAAAUGAUCUUGAAAACAUGAGCAUAUGUCUUACCUUUAAGAGUAAUGAGACCAUCUCCCAUUUUGGUAUCUGUUGUACAGUCUGGAUUAUAUUUAGUUUAUAUGGAGUCAUCAUGAUGGAAAAUGUUUUAAAUAUUUAUUUAUUUUUUGCAAAGGAUAUUUAGGAUAUUUUCUGUUUAGACUAGAUGACAUUUUAUGAAAGUAUUUUCCAAAAAAUUGCUUAGUGCUAUCAAUCUGUAUAUUUCUAUUGUAAACGUACAAUUUUCUUUAGCAUAUAUGUGUAUUUUGACCUGAUGAUAGCUACCAGAGCAUGUAUGGGAAGAUGAAGAGUGUAAGUAUGUAUUACCUUAUUACAGCAAAGAACAGCCUGAAGUCUUGCUUUUCGUCUGAGCAAACCUCGGCAAAAGUCUUUAUGCUAUGAAUAUGUAUACCGGUAGUCUUUCAAUUUUAAGACAGUGAUAACCUGAAGUGUGCAUCUACAAAUUGUCAAAAUGCAGGAACUGAGUUUUGAGUUCAUGAUAAAUAUGAAGAGAUUUUACACUCGAGGUGCACAGAGGUACCUAUGCAAGCAGCUAUGUUCUUCAUCCCAAAACCUGUCACAAACUAGCUCAGAUAGUAAUGAUAACUGAAAUGUUGGAAUAUGAAAUCAUCUCAGGUUACAUGUCUUAAGACUCAGGAGUAUCAAGUAUGAGUUGUCAGUGACGUGUUGACAUGCAAAGGUGCCGAGAUCUCCAAAAGCACUGUAGACAAAUUGUAAUGUAUAAUGUUUUUCAUUGAAACAAACAUGAAGGACUGGAACACUAGCUGUUUCCUGUUUGUUGUUUUUUUCAUGGCCAGAGUUGGCACUGCUUUGUAUGUCAUUAAUAUUGUGAUUUUGCACUGAAGGUGACAGGCACUCAUUCUAAACUGAUUGUCAGUCAAAAGACUAAAAACAGACAGUUCUAGUCUCUCUGCAUCACUUUCUGGAUGUAAAAAUGCAUUAUGUCUCUCUACUUUCAUUAUUUAAAUAAGCUUAUAAAAGCUUUGUAUUAGAAUUGUUACCGUUUUAGGUCACAAAUAGAAGGCUACAUGGAACUACAAUCAUAUCAGAUGAAUUUUUACUAAGAUUUAGUGCCCACUUGUAUGGCAUGCUGAGCUGUUGUUAUGAUUAGCUGUACUAGACUGUUUAUAAUACACACACACAC